GCAUUAGGCAACUAAACUUACCGUGAAUCAGAAUUGACAAGUUAAAGUAUUCUCGAGUACUUUUAGAUUUAACUUCAAUAAAAGAAGAUGUUAAUAAAGGAAUUCCGUGUUACUUUGCCCCUUACGGUAGAGGAGUACCAAGUGGCGCAGCUGUUCAGCGUCGCAGAGGCGUCGAAAGAUAACACUGGCGGAGGGGAAGGUAUUGAGGUGCUGAAAAACGAGCCGUUCACCGAUUUUCCACUCUUGGGUGGCAAAUACAAUUCGGGACAGUAUACCUACAAAAUCUAUCAUUUGGCCAGCAAAGUACCCUCGUUUAUCAGGUUGCUCGCUCCUAAAGGUAGUUUGGAAAUACACGAGGAAGCAUGGAACGCAUAUCCAUACUGUAAAACAGUCAUAACGAAUCCUGGUUAUAUGAAAGAAAAUUUCGUGAUUUGCAUCGAAAGCAUGCAUAUACCGGAUAAGGGAGACCAGGAGAACGUCCACGAACUGUCCGCAGAGAAGCUCAAGCAGCGAGAAGUGGUGUACAUCGACAUCGCCAAUGACCCGGUGACGAAUAACGAUUACAAGGAGGACGAGGACCCGAAAAAGUUCAAGUCGGAGAAAACGGGCCGCGGCCCAUUGGUCACCCAGAACUGGAGGGACGACGUCAAGCCGGUCAUGACGUGCUACAAACUUGUCACGGUGGAGUUCAAAUGGUUCGGGUUGCAGAAUAGGAUAGAAACCUUUAUACAAAAAUCCGAACGACGGCUGUUCACAAACUUCCACAGACAAGUGUUCUGCUGGAUGGACAGAUGGCACGGAAUGACGAUGGACGACAUCAGAAGGCUCGAGGACAAAACCAAAGAAGAGCUGGAGGCGUUGCGUAAAAAGGGCGAAGUGAGGGGCAUGAAGGCGGAAGCGGAGUAACAACGUUUCCUUCCCGCACCGGAAUAAACCGAAAAAAUGCCCCCCUUCAACAAUAAAACCCACCGCAGCAUACACGACAUAAAUGAGAAUGCCCCCCCCCUAACAUUCAU